GCCGGAGGGGCGGCCGGCGCGGGGCUGAAUUCCAAGAGGACGCUGAGGGCUCUUCGGGCAGCCCCAGGGAGACAGUUGGGGAAACCGAGGCCGGAGAGCCGGAGCGACGGGCCUCCCAGCUGCCUCGCGGGCCUCUUCACGGCUUUCACCGCCUCCCUGGGGUGCUUAGAUGGGCUCCGGCCUCGGGAGGCGUUCACAAUGACAGCAGCAGGAGCCGCCAUUGAUUCGGAGUCUGCGGGGUGCAAAGCCCGGCGCUAACCCUUUACUAGCGUCCUUUCACUUCCCCUCCACAACAGCCCUGCCUGAUUUGUGGACUGGUGCAGCCUCUGCCAGUGAUGGGAAGUGAUGUUGCAUAGCGGGGCUGAAUCUCUGUGAAUAUGAUUCGAAUUGCAGCUUUAAAUGCCAGCUCCACGGUUGAGGAUGAUCAUGAAGGAAGCUUUAAAAGUCACAAAACCCAGACAAAGGAGGCUCAGGAAGCAGAGGCUUUUGCCUUGUACCACAAGGCACUGGAUCUGCAGAAACAUGACCGGUUUGAGGAGUCUGCCAAAGCCUACCAUGAGCUCCUGGAGGCACGCUUGCUGCGGGAGGCAGUUUCAUCCGGUGAUGAGAAAGAGGGGUUGAAACACCCUGGCCUGAUAUUGAAAUAUUCCACAUACAAGAACCUGGCCCAGUUGGCAGCCCAACGAGAGGAUCUGGAGACGGCCAUGGAGUUCUACUUAGAGGCAGUGAUGCUGGACUCCACGGACGUCAACCUCUGGUAUAAAAUUGGACAUGUGGCCCUGAGGCUCAUCCGGGUUCCCCUGGCUCGCCAUGCUUUUGAGGAAGGGCUGAGGUGCAAUCCUGACCACUGGCCUUGCUUGGACAACCUCAUCACUGUCUUGUACACCCUCAGUGAUUAUACAACGUGUCUGUACUUUAUCUGCAAAGCUUUGGAGAAGGAUUGCCGAUACAGCAAAGGGCUGGUUCUCAAGGAGAAGAUCUUCGAGGAGCAGCCUUGUCUGCGAAAGGACUCUCUCCGAAUGUUCCUCAGAUGUGACAUGUCAAUCCACGAAGUGUCAGUGGAUGCAGCUGAGGCGCAGGCUAUUGUAGAUGAGGCUCUGGGGCUCCGUAAGAAGAGGCAAGCGCUGACCGUGCGGGAGAAAGAGCCAGACCUGAAACUGGUGCAGCCCAUCCCCUUCUUCACCUGGAAGUGCCUCGGAGAGAGCCUGCUGGCCAUGUACAACCACCUUACCACCUGCGAGCCCCCACGGCCCAGCCUCGGCAAGAGGAUCGACCUGUCUGACUACCAGGACCCCAGCCAACCUCUGGUGUCCUCUGUGGUUGUGACGCCUGUCAGCAUGAUCCAACCAAGCCCUGUCAGUGCCAACCCAGUUGUGGCUGAGCCUGUGCUCUCCUACACCACUGUGGCUGCAGCCAACUUCCCGCUGCACAGUCCUGGGCUGUUGGAAACAGGUGCUCCUAUGGGUGAUGUUUCUGGGGGAGAUAAAUCCAAGAAAGGGGUAAAACGAAAGAAGAUUUCAGAAGACAGUGGAGAGACAGCAAAGCGACGGUCUGCCCGUGUGCGAAACACCAAGUGCAAAAAAGAAGAAAAAGUAGACUUCCAGGAGCUUCUGGUGAAGUUCUUACCAGCCAGGUUAAGAAAGCUGGACCCUGAGGAGGAAGAUGAUCCCUUUAAUAACUACGAAGUCCAGUCAGAAGCCAAACUGGAAAGCUUCCCGAGCAUUGGGCCUCACAGGCUGUCAUUUGACUCAGCCACAUUCAUGGAGUCUGAGAAGCAGGAUGUGCACAAGUUCCUGCUGGAGAACAUGACUAACGGGGGCAUCCUGGAGCUGAUGAUGCGUUACCUGAAGGGCAUGGGUCACAAGUUCCUGCUGAGGUGGCCACCAGGUCUGGCAGAGGUCGUGCUCAGCGUCUACCAUAGCUGGAGGAGGCACAGCACCAGCCUGCCCAACCCUCUGCUGAGGGACUGCAGCAACAAGCACAUCAAGGACAUGAUGCUGAUGUCUCUCUCCUGCAUGGAGCUCCAGCUGGACCAGUGGCUGAUGACCAAAGGCAGGAGCUCUGCAGUGUCUUCUCGGAACUGCCCUGCCGGUGUGGUGAAUGGCAGGUUUGGGCCUGAUUUCCCGGGAACCCACUGCCUUGGUGAUCUCCUGCAGCUGUCAUUUGCCUCAUCCCAGCGCGACCUGUUUGAGGAUGGCUGGCUGGAGUUUGUGGUCCGUGUUUACUGGCUGAAAGCUCGCUUCCUGGCGCUGCAGGGAGACAUGGAGCAGGCCCUGGAGAACUAUGACAUCUGCACAGAAAUACUCCAGAACUCCACCACCAUCCAGGCCAAGGCUGGGGCUGAGCAAAAAGACAUUGUCAUCCGGCUACCCAACCUCCACAAUGACUCUGUGGUUUCCCUGGAGGAGAUUGAUAAGAACCUAAAGUCGCUGGAGCGGUGCCAGUCCUUGGAGGAGAUUCAGCGGCUGUAUGAAGCGGGUGACUACAAGGCUGUCGUGCAUCUGCUCCGUCCCACUUUGUGCACCAGUGGGUUCGACCGGGCCAAACACCUAGAGUUUAUGACGUCUAUUCCUGAGAGGCCAGCCCAGCUGUUGCUGUUGCAGGACUCCUUGCUUCGGCUAAAGGACCACCGUCAAUGUUUUGAGUGCUCUGAAGUGGCUCUGAACGAGGCCAUCCAGCAGAUGGUGAACUCAAGUGAGACUACAGCCAAGGAGGAGUGGGUGGCCACGGUGACCCAGCUGCUGCAGGGUGUUGAGCAGGCACUCUCUGCAGACAACAGUGGCAGCAUCCUAAGGGAAUCGUCCUCUGCCACCAGCCUUGUGCGGCUUACCAAUAACCUCAUCCAGGUCAUCGACUGCAGCAUGGCUGUGCAGGAAGAGCCCAAAGAGCCCCACGUCUCCUCAGUGCUGCCCUGGAUCAUCCUGCACCGGAUCAUCUGGCAGGAGGAGGACACCUUCCACUCCCUGUGCCACCAGCAGCAGCUCCAGAACCCAGCAGAGGAAGGGAUGUCAGAGAUGCCCAUGCUCCCGUCCUCCCUCAUGCUGCUCAACACAGCCCAUGAGUAUUUGGGCAGGAGGUCCUGGUGCUGCAAUUCAGAUGGGGCCCUGCUGCAAUUCUAUGUGCGAGUUCUCCAAAAGGAGCUUGCUGCAUCCACCUCUGAAGACACACACCCCUACAAGGAGGAGCUGGAGACGGCCUUGGAGCAGUGCUUCUACUGCCUGUAUAGCUUCCCCAGCAAGAAGAGCAAGGCCAGGUACCUGGAGGAACACUCCACCCAGCAGGUGGAUCUUAUAUGGGAGGAUGCCCUGUUUAUGUUUGAGUAUUUUAAGCCCAAGACCCUUCCUGAAUUUGACAGCUACAAGACCAGCACUGUAUCUGCUGACUUGGCCAACCUCCUGAGAAGAAUCGCCACCAUUGUGCCCCGCACAGAGAGGCCAGCACUGAGCCUAGACAAAGUCUCUGCCUACAUUGAGGGAACCUCAGCUGAGGUGCCCUGCCUCCCAGAAGGGGCUGAUCCCUCCCCUCCGGUGGUGAACGAGCUCUACUACCUCCUGGCCGAUUAUCAUUUCAAAAACAAGGAGCAGUCCAAGGCUAUCAAGUUCUACAUGCACGACAUCUGCAUCUGCCCCAACAGGUUUGAUUCCUGGGCAGGAAUGGCCCUGGCCCGGGCCAGCCGCAUUCAGGACAAGCUGAACUCCAAUGAGCUGAAGAGCGAUGGGCCUAUCUGGAAGCAUGCCACGCCUGUCCUGAAUUGCUUCCGGCGGGCCCUGGAGAUUGACAGCUCCAACCUGUCCCUAUGGAUCGAGUAUGGCACCAUGUCCUAUGCCUUGCACUCGUUUGCCUCACGCCAGCUGAAGCAGUGGAAAGCCGAGUUACCCCCUGAGCUUGUGCAGCAGAUGGAAAGCCGGCGCGACAGUAUGCUGGAGACAGCCAGGCACUGUUUCACAUCAGCGGCCCGCUGUGAGGGUGAUGGCGACGAGGAGGAGUGGCUCAUCCACUACAUGUUGGGCAAGGUGGCUGAGAAGCAGCAGCAGCCGCCCACUGUUUACCUGCUGCACUACAGGCAGGCUGGCCACUACCUGCAUGAGGAGGCCGCCCGCUACCCCAAGAAGAUCCACUACCACAACCCACCCGAGCUGGCCAUGGAGGCCUUGGAGGUGUACUUCCGGCUCCAUGCUUCCAUCCUGAAGCUCCUGGGGAAACCUGACUCGGGGGUUGCUGCAGAGGUCCUGGUCAACUUUAUGAAGGAGGCUGCUGAAGGACCCUUUGCCAGGGGCGAGGAGAAGAAUACACCCAAAGCUUCAGAAAAGGAGAAGGCCUGCCUGGUGGACGAGGACUCCCACUCUUCAGCUGGGACACUGCCGGGCCCCGGAGCCUCCCUCCCCUCCUCCUCUGGCCCAGGUCUGACAUCCCCACCUUACACAGCCACUCCGAUUGACCACGAUUACGUCAAAUGUAAAAAACCCCACCAGCAGGCAACGCCGGACGACCGCAGCCAGGACAGCACAGCCGUGGCGCUCUCAGACUCCAGCUCGACGCAGGAUUUCUUUAAUGAGCCUACCAGCUCACUGGAAAGCUCCCGAAAGCCCUACACAGAGAAGAGGCUGCCUGUUCUCAGUCCCCAAGCAGGACCAAACAGUAAAGAACUUCAGGGGACCACAGAGGAAAGAGGAAAAACCGAGGAGUCCCUGGAGAGCACAGAAGGCUUCCGAGUUGCAGAGCAAGGUGGCCAGAAGCCUGCUGCAGACCUCCCAGCCUCUGUUUGCAUCCCCAAUAAGCCCCUGGUGUCUGCAACCAACUUGUGGGAUGGGAAGAAGAAAGGGGACCCCCCGGGGGAGCCAGUGGCUUUCCCGCUAGGGCUGCCAGCUGGCGCUGAGGAGCAGCGCCAGUUCCUCACAGAGCAGUGCAUCGCCUCCUUCCGCCUGUGCCUGAGCCGCUUCCCCCAGCACUAUAAGAGCCUCUACCGGCUGGCCUUCCUCUACACCUACAGCAAGACCCACCGGAACCUCCAGUGGGCCCGUGAUGUGUUGCUAGGCAGCAGUAUCCCGUGGCAACAACUGCAGCACAUGCCAGCACAGGGGCUCUUCUGCGAGAGGAACAAGACCAAUUUCUUCAAUGGCAUCUGGCGGAUCCCCGUGGACGAGAUCGACCGGCCGGGCAGCUUUGCCUGGCACAUGAACCGCUCCAUCGUGCUGCUGCUCAAGGUGCUGGCCCAGCUCCGGGACCACAGCACCCUGCUGAAGGUGUCCUCCAUGCUGCAGCGGACCCCGGACCAGGGCAAGAAGUAUCUGCGAGAUGCUGACCGCCAGGUGCUGGCGCAGCGGGCCUUCAUCCUCACUGUGAAGGUGCUGGAGGAUACGCUGAGCGAGCUUGCAGAGGGUUCAGAACGCCCAGGGCCCAAGGCCUGUGGCCUCCCAGGAACCAGGAUGACCACUGACGUCUCACACAAGGCCAGUCCUGAGGAUGGACAGGAGGGGCUCCCCCACCCCAAGAAGCCCCCUCUGACUGAUGGCUCAGGGCCAGAACCUGAGCCAGGGGGCAAAGUGGUUCCUCUCAACCACCGGCCUGUGGCCAUGGACUCAGGAGACAUUAUAGACCAGAGCGGGGAGCAGAAGGAAAAGGAGAGCCCCCGGGCCGGGCCCACUGAGCCCAUGGACACGGGUGAGGCCGCUGUUCGACACCCAGACUUGGAGCGGGUGCCGCCCCCGCUCCCAGGCCGCUCCCCAAAGGAUCGGGGCCCUGAGAGUCGGCCCACUGAGCUGUCCCUAGAGGAGCUGAGCAUCAGUGUCCGGCAGCAGCCCACCCUGUUCACCCCAGCCCAGCCCACCCCUGCCCCCACUGCCACUACGACUACUGCCACAGGGACCAGGGGGGUCAGCCUUCCUGAGGAGCCACCUCCACGGCCCAGCCGCAAGAGGAAGCUCCUGGAAGACACAGAGUCAGGCAAGACGCUUCUCCUGGAUGCCUACCGUGUGUGGCAGCAGGGCCAGAAGGGCAUGGCCUAUGACCUGGGUCGCAUCGAGAGGAUCAUGUCUGAAACCUACAUGCUCAUCAAGCAGGUGGAUGAGGAGGCUGCACUGGAGCAGGCUGUGAAGUUCUGUCAGGUCCACCUCGGGGCCGCCGCCCAGAGACAGGCCUCGGGGGACAUGCCCACCACCCCAAAGCACCCCAAGGACAGCCGAGAGAACUUCUUUCCUACAGCAGUGGUCUCCACAGCCCUUGACCCUGUGCUGGCCGACACGCUCCAACGGUCCAGCGACAUCCACUCCAAGCCUCACCCUGCACUGGCUGCUGCCACAGCUGUCAUCACCAGCCCUCCCGCACCAUCGGCCUCCACCCCAGACCCGUCCAAGGACCCUGGGCCCCCCCAGCCACACAGACCUGAGGCCACCCGUUGCAUGGCCUCCCUGGGCCUAGAGGGAGAAGAGCUGGCAGGAGCAGCAGAGGAGCCACGGCACAGUCACCAGGUGAAGACAGCCCCUGCGGGUCCCUCGGCAGAGCCGCACUGCUGGCCAGCAGAGGCCGCCUCCCAGACAGGCACAGAGCCCACCUGCAGCCAGGCCUCCAGCUCCAAAGUCUCCAGUGGUGGGAGUGCCCAGCCACCUGAGGGCCACCAGGGCAAGGCAGAGCCCAGCCGGGCCAAGGCGCGCCUCCUGCCCAACAUGCCGAAACUGGUCAUCCCCUCAGCUGCCACCAGGUUCCCCCCUGAGAUCACCGUCACGCCGCCCACCCCAACCCUGCUCUCUCCCAAAGGCAGCAUCUCGGAGGAGACCAAGCAAAAGCUGAAGUCGGCCAUCCUGUCUGCCCAGUCUGCUGCCAACGUGAGGAAGGAGAGCCUGUGCCAGCCUGCCCUAGAGGUCCUAGAGACGUCCAGCCAGGAGUCCUCACUGGAGAGCGAGACAGAUGAGGACGAUGACUACAUGGACAUCUGAGGACAGCCAUGCCCUGGGGGACCAGCCAGGCCUGGAAUGCCCCUCAGCCCAGACCUGGCAAGGCCAGAGGCCCACAUGGGGUGCCAUUCCUUAUGCAGCCCAGGCUUGCCCACCCCCCACCAGCAUCCUCCCUGCCCACUGGCCAGGGCUGCCCACACUGUGUGGGAGUCCAGAGGAGGAGGAGCCCAUCUUAGCCACGUGAAGGUGGACCGGUUACGAUCUGUACAGCAGGGAGGGCAUCCUUUUCUAUGAAAUGUUGACUUUGUAAUCGUGCCCACCCCAGCCCAGCUGGCCAUGUCCACACCUUGGCGCUGGGACGAGCCGCGUUCUGCCCAUGUCAUGGUGGAGUGGUCAUUGAGGACUCAGUUCGCCCUACACACCCCCUUUUUUCU